CUGGCAGGCCCUGCUGGCCGGGGAUCACGGCACUGUAGCCGAGAUCCUCGGAGAUCCUCGGAACAAGCUGAGCCCCAAUGCUGUGUUUGACACCAGUGACCUGGAGGAGUGGAAGAACUACCGCUUCAACCCCCGCGGGCUGAGUAUGGGGAGCAGUGGGGCUCAGCUGGGACAUGUGCUGGGCAUGCCUGUGCCUGGGGCUGUGUUACGGGUGCUGCUUGGGCUGCACAGGAGUGGGGAUGGGAACAGGAGCAUGGGGAUGUGGUCAGCUUCUCCUGCGUUCCUUGUGGAAGGGAAUUCCUGUUUCUGAGAGCACAGGGUGCAUCCAGGAAACCUGGUCUCUCUCAGAGGGAUUGUCUUAAGUGCUUGGGAACUGCUGUGUGUGCAGCCUGCACUGUGCUGCCACCUCCCACUGUGGGUUGUGCCAGACUGUCACAACAUGAGUUACAUCCUGGAGAUGAUUCAGUUUGAACGUGGCCCUGGAAAACAUAGAUGACCACAUACUGCUUCUGCAAGACGGAGCUGAGAGGAUGCACUGUGGAACAUGCCAUGCGGUCUGGGAUGUCUUCCAGCUCAGUCUGGGGCUGUGGUCGCUGAGCUACGAGCAGGAGCUCACCACGCCGCUGCACAUCACGGCCAGCCGGGGCUACACGGACUGCCUGCGGCUGCUGCUGCUCCGCGGCGCCGCCGUGGACUUGGCUCCGGGGGGCUCGACCGCCCUGCACGCGGCGUGCGCGGCGGGCAGCGCCGGCUGUGUGCGCCUGCUGCUCGGCGCCGGAGCCGACCCCGACGCCGUCUCUGAGGACGGCUACAGGCCCCUGCACCUCUGCAAGAGCUCGGACUCCAUCGAGUGUGUCCGGCAGCUGCUGCAGCACGGUGCCAGUGUGAACAGUCAGACGGAGGAGGAGAACGACACAGCGCUGCACGUGGCGGCACGGCACGGCCUGGCAGAGCACGUCCAGCUGCUUCUGCACCACGGGGCUCAGCUGGAGGUACAGAACAAGGAGGGGCAAACGCCGCUGAACGCUGCCUGUGCUCAGCGCCAUCAGCCCCAGGACAUGGACCGCUACUACCGGGUCUGCCAGCUGCUGGUGGAGGGCGGUGCCAGUAUCAACGCCGCGGACCGGGACCGGCAGCACCCGCUCCACCUGGCCUGCAAGAACGCCAAUGCUCAAAUCGCAGAGCUACUGCUGGCCCGGGGCGCCAACGUCAAUGUCAUGAACUACGGCGGCAACACGGCCCUGCACAACAUCCUGCAGGUGGCUGCCUACAGGCUGGAGCAUCGCCCGGAGCUCGUGGUGCGAGCGCUGCUCAACCACGGAGCCGUCCGCGUCUGGCCAGGCUCCCUCCUCAAGGUGCUGCGGUACUGCCACUCCUGCCCACGUGUCAUCGAGGCCCUGGUGAACAGCUACACCCACGUGCGUGUCUCUGAGGACUGGGUGGAUGCAGUUCCAGUGGAGGUUGUACAGACCUCGCUCCUUGCAGCACCUGGCUCGCUGUGCUCUCAGGACCCUCCUGGAGGGCCGGCUGCUUCUGGUCCUGUCCCAGCUCCAUCUGCCAAGUGCCCUGCACCAGUUCCUGCUGCUCGGCUUCGAGGAUGUUCUCUACUAGGGGUGGCAGUUCCAGUCCUGCUGUGCCUUUCUGGGCAGAUGUUCCAUCCCUGCCAAUGCACUCUGCUUUCCCAGCUGCCUCCUUUCCCUCACCCCGCUCCCACGGGGCCACAUCAGGCCCCUGUGCCAAGCCUGUUGCUGUGUCCUGGUCCAAACCAGCCUUGUGCUCUGCAUCAUGCAUCUGUUUUGGAGCAUUCUGUUUGUCCAUGUUCAUCUGGAGAGACUCCAGACUAACAAAAGGAGGUAUGGGAAUUAGGGCAUUUUGUGGUACAAGAGCAAAGACACUGCGUGGAUCACAGGCUUAGUAGCAGAUAUCAGUUUUCCUAUCCCAAAUACUCUAGACUGUACUAGGCAGCUCUGGUGCCCUGGAUGAUUGCUGUGAUCCUGUCUUUAGUCAAGUUGCUUAGUCUGUACCCAAAGAAGUUUGGAAUAAAUGCUGUUCUUUAUACCUA